AUGUCGGAUAGCAGAAGGGGAUCUCGUCAUAGACCUCAAAACGGUGAUCAACCUUUUGUAGCCGCUGUCGCUCCUGUGCAAGUUCAAGUUCCUCAAUCUCAAAUUCCUGAGAGAGAAGCCUCACUUGAAACCCCACAAGCUUACGAACAUUUUGAUGAAGAAAUGCACGAAACGGAAUCUGAGCCUGACACUCCUCCUGGAUACUAUGACCAAAGAAAUAUACCCGAAGAUUACCUUGAACCUGAAUACGAACCUAUGCCUGAGGAUGAUCAUAUGCCUGAAUAUGAACCUCUUCCUGAAGAUGAACCCAUUCCUGAGUAUGAGCCUGAGACUCCUACUGGAGAAUAUUCCGAAGAUUUGACUGAUGUCGAGCUUGAGCCACAAUAA